AUGUCUGUCCGGGACGACCCCACCCGCAGCCGAGCCCUCCCCCGCUCCGUGUGCCGCGGCGAGGGGCUUCUCUACCGACCCGACUGGGGGCAAAAAAGCGAGAACUUUUUAAGGAGAAACCGCUCGUCCCAAAUGAUCCCACCAGCCAUGUCAGUCCGGUGCCGAAUGUCGGGGCUGGCGGUGGGACUGUACAUCAUCCUGCUCCUCAGUCCCGUUACUGGUGCCCAGAGCGAGGAGCGUGAGUGUGCCUUCAACGACCAGCAGCAGCAGUAUGAGGAGCAGCAUGUGGCAGGAGGAGGAGCAGGAGGAGGAGGUGGAGGAGGAGGAGGAGGAGGAGCAGGAGGAGGAGGAGACUGGCCUAUGACCAGAGGGAAUAGUACUAUACGCUGCAGUACGGGCUCUCGAUGCUAUGGCCUGUGGGAGAAGACUAGAGACGGAGAGACACACCUGGUCAAACAGGGUUGCUGGACUCACAUCGGGGACCAGCAGGAGUGUCAUGACGACCGUUGCGUGGUUACGACCACUCCGUCUCAGAUUCAGAACGGGACCUACAGGUUCUGCUGCUGCAGCACCAACAUGUGUAACGUCAACUUCACCGAGGACUUCCCCCCGCCCAGCCCCACCUCUGCACAGCUAUACCCUCGGCCGCUGUACCGCGAGGAGACCAUCGCGAUCGCCCUGGCGUCUGUCUCCAUAGUAGCGGUGCUGAUUGUGGCGCUCUUCUUCGGGUACCGCAUGCUGAGUGGAGACAGGAAACAGGGACUACACAACAUGGACAUGAUGGAGGCAGCAGCCUCAGAGCCCAGCCUCGACCUGGACAGCCUUAAACUACUAGAGUUGAUUGGUCGUGGGCGGUAUGGCUCAGUGUAUAAAGGUUCUUUAGAUGAGCGUCCCGUGGCGGUCAAGGUGUUCACCUACCAGAACCGCCAGAACUUUGUUAACGAGCGAGCCAUCUACCGUGUCCCCCUGCUGGAGCAUGAUAAUAUCGCACGAUUCAUCGUAGGAGACGAGAGACUCACAGCCGACGGACGCGUGGAGUACCUGCUGGUCAUGGAGUACUACCCUCAUGGUUCUCUGUGUCAGUACCUGAGUCUGCAGACAGGAGACUGGGUCAGCUGUUGUCGCCUCACACACUCUGUCACACGGGGGCUGGCCUACCUGCACACUGAGCUGCUGAGAGGAGACAUCUACAAGCCAGCCAUAUCUCACAGGGACCUAAACAGCAGGAAUGUUCUAGUUAAGAACGAUGGGACGUGUGUGAUCAGUGACUUUGGUCUGUCCAUGAAGCUGACGGGGAACAGACUGGUCAGACCUGGAGAAGAGGAGAGCGCUGCCAUCAGCGAGGUGGGAACGAUCCGCUACAUGGCCCCAGAGGUUCUGGAGGGGGCGGUGAACCUGAGGGACUGUGAGUCGGCUCUGAAGCAGGUGGACAUGUACGCCCUGGGCCUCGUCUACUGGGAGACCUUCAUGAGGUGUACUGACCUCUUCCCAGGAGAGGCGGUGCCCGACUACCAGAUGGCGUUCCAGGCCGAGGCAGGGAACCACCCCUCCUUUGAGGACAUACAGGUCCUGGUGUCCAGAGAGAAAGAGAGACCCAAGUUCCCUGAGGCCUGGAAGGAGAACAGCCUGGCGGUACGUUCCCUGAAGGAGACCAUGGAGGACUGCUGGGACCAGGAUGCUGAGGCCAGACUGACCGCUCAGUGUGCAGAGGAGCGAAUGGCUGAACUGCUGCAGAUCUGGGACCGGACCAAGUCUGUCAGCCCUACGGUUAACCCCAUGACCACCACACUGCAGAACGAGAGGACCAAGUCUGUCAGUCCUACGGUUAACCCCAUGACCACCACACUGCAGAACGAGAGGAACCUGUCUCACGGCCGCAGGGGUCCUAAAGUCAGCCCCUACCCCGACUACUCCUCGUCCUCCUACAUCGAGGACCACGAGGGCCGCACGGUGAAGAACCUCCCCGGUGGAGACACCUCUAUGUCGUGGACCUCCUCCGUCGGCAUCCUAGGGGGAACCAACAGUGCUGGCCCAGAGAAGAACCGAAACUCCAUCAACGCUGAGCGGCAGCAGGCCCGUCCGCCCAGCCCGGAGAGCAGCGGCGCCAGCCUCUCCUCCACCACCGCCAUGACCUCCAUCUCUGAGUCAGGACACGGGGAGGACUCCUCCAGCACACUAGGUGGAGCUGUGUUGGUGCCGGUGUGUCUGCAGUUGCCCCAGAAGGACUCAUCCGGCCCACUAGGUGGCGCUGUGCUGGGGCUGGUGGUGCCGGUGUGUCUGCAGCUGACCCAAGAGGACUUGGAGACCACCAAACUGGACCCUAAAGAGGUUGACAAGAACCUGAAGGAGUCUUCUGAUGAGAACCUUAUGGAGCACAGCCAGAAACAGUUCUCUGCUCCAGACCCCCUCAGCUCUGGGUCUUCCUCCUUGCUCUACCCUCUCAUCAAGCUGGCUGCGGAGGUGACUGGGGCCGGGGCCCAGGGAGGGUCUGGGACCGGGGCCAGUGGGAUGGGGGACCCUCCAGCUACUAUGUUCCCCCUGCCCAAACAGCAGAACCUCCCCAAGCGGCCCACCAGCCUACCACUCAGCACCAAGGCCAAGCAGGGCUCUGGUUCCUCCUGGCUGAAGUCUAACCUGAGGUCCAAUCUGAAGCAGGUAGAGACGGGCGUGGCCAAGAUGAACACGGUCGCCCCGGCGGCAGAGCCACGCCUUGUUAACGUUACCAACAACGGAACAUCCGGGGUAGGGGUGAAUGGGGUGCGGAGCGGGACUGGCGUGUUGGUCGUCAAUGGCUAUCUGAACGGAGGUGUGGCCUCUUCAUCUGGAGGCGGAGCUCCGUACGGGAUGACCAAUCUGGCGGGCUUCCAGAGUGAGGUUGGCGGAGUAGCCCGCCCGUUACAGACCCCGCUCGGCGGCGAGGAUAGUCGACUCAACAUCAACUCCAGUCCUGACGAACACGAACCACUGCUGAGGAGAGAGCAGCCCACCGCAUGUGACCAGAGACCAACCAAUCACCUGGCGGGACGCACCAACACCAACACCAACACCAACAACAACAAUAACAGUCUGCUGAUGGGCCUGGCGAGCAGAGGGAUCACAUGUCCUCCUGUAGAUGCACGGCCUGAGUCCCUUGCUUUUGUCCCUACCCCCACCCCUAAACCUGUCCCUACCCCCACCCCUAAACCUGUCUCUGUCUCCACCCCUAAACCUGUCUCUGUCCCUACCCCCACCCCUAAACCUGUCUCUGUCCCUACCCCCACCCCUAAACCUGUCUCUGUCCCUACCCCCACCCCUAAACCUGUCUCUGUCCCUACCCCUAAACCUGUCUCUGUCCCUACCCCCACCCCUAAACCUGUCUCUGUCUCUACCCCCACCCCUAAACCUGUCUCUGUCCCUACCCCCACCCCUAAACCUGUCUCUGUCCCUACCCCUAAACCUGUCUCUGUCCCUACCCCCACCCCUAAACCUGUCUCUGUCCCUACCCCCACCCCUAAACCUGUCUCUGUCCCUACCCCUGUCUCUGUCACUCCUCAUGUCCCUGUCACUACCCCUGUCUCUGUCCCUACCCCUGUCUCUGUCACUCCUCAUGUCCCUGUCACUGUCCCUGUCUCUGUCCCUACCCCUGUCUCUGUCACUCCUCAUGUCCCUGUCACUGUCCCUGUCUCUGUCCCUACCCCCACCCCUACACCUGUCUCUGUCCCUACCCCUGUCUCUGUCACUCCUCAUGUCCCUGUCACUCCCCCUGUCUCUGUCCAUCUCCCUGUCUUUGCUCCUAUAUCAGCAACAACAGUCCCAGAGCCCCAGCAGGAGGCUGCCCAGCUCCGACAGCCCAAACCCAGACGACCUGAGAGACCCUGCUCCCUGGACCUCUCUGCCUCCCUGGACCUCUCUGCCUCUUCACACAACAGCUCCUCAGGUGACGGCUCGUCACUGGACGACCAGGGAGGGUCAGGUGAGAAGAUCAAGCGUCGCGUCAAGACACCGUACUCCCUGAAGAGGUGGCGUCCCACCACCUGGGUGGUCUCCACGGAUACCCCGGUGGGCGUGGUGAACAACAAGGACGCUGCCAAGGCUCCUCGCUCCAAGUCCUCCACUGCUGUCUACUUGGUGGGGGGCGGGACUACCACCGCUGCCAUGACUUCUGACCCCUGUGACCCUGGCAUUACCUGCCUGUGAACCCUGACCCCUGUGACCCUGGCAUUACCUGCCUGUGAACCCUGACCCCUGUGACCCUGGCAUUACCUGCCUGUGAACCCUGACCCCUGUGACCCUGGCAUUACCUGCCUGUGAACCCUGACCCCUGUGACCCUGGCAUUACCUGCCUGUGAACCCUGACCCCUGGGACCCUGGCAUUACCUGCCUGUGAACCCUGACCCCUGUGACCCUGGCAUUACCUGCCUGUGAACCCUGACCCCUGGGUGUGUGGCUAGAGGGAGUGGCCAGAGAAGUGUGGUCAUAAGCGCCAGCUGAUGAGCCAAAAUAGCUGAUUACUAACUAACUCUUAUGUGGACAGCUACUUCAGUGACUUUAACAAAUUAACAAAUUAACUGGCUACUUCCGAUUUUAAGAAACCCACUGAGGAGGGUGUGGCCAGAGAAGGACUGCGUCUACAGAAGGCUACAUUGAGGAGGGUGUGGCCAGAGAAGGACUGUGUCUACAGAUGGCUACAUUGAGGAGGGUGUGGCCAGAGAAGGACUGUGUCUACAGAUGGCUACAUUGAGGAGGGUGUGGCCAGAGAAGGACUGCGUCUACAGAUGGCUACAUUGAGGAGGGUGUGGCCAGAGAAGGACUGUGUCUACAGAAGGCUACAUUGAGGAGGGUGUGGCCAGAGAAGGACUGUGUCUACAGAAGGAUACAUUGAGGAGGGUGUGGCCAGAGAAGGACUGUGUCUACAGAUGGCUACAGCUGUGUCUCAAAUUGACCCUAUUCACUAUAUAGUGCACUACCUUUGCCCAUGGCAGCAUGCUCUAGUAUUCUGAGUUUCCUGGGUACCAUUCUGUCAGGAGAAGAAACGAUGUGAAAUGAAUCAAAGAAAGAUAAUCAAUUAGCAAGAAAGAAGCAUUUCUAAAAGGUUUCUUUACUUUGAAGAACUUGCUUUAAACAGAACCUAGCUAUGCUAAAGCAACAUUGGCUUUAAAUGCUGUCCCAUUAUACCUGCUGUCCCAUUAUAAAUGCUGUUCCAUUAUAAAUGCUGUCCCAUUAUAGGUGCUGUUCCAUUAUAAAUGCUGUCCCAUUAUAUGUGCUGUGCCAUUAUAUGUGCUGUGCCAUUAUAUGUGCUGUCCCAUUAUAAAUGCUGUCCCAUUAUAAAUGCUGUUCCAUUAUAAAUGCUGUCCCAUUAUAAAUGCUGUCCCAUUAUAUGUGCUGUGCCAUUAUAUGUGCUGUCCCAUUAUAAAUGCUGUCCCAUUAUAAAUGCUGUUCCAUUAUAAAUGCUGUCCCAUUAUAAAUGCUUUUCCAUUAUAAAUGCUGUCCCAUUAUAUAUGCUGUCCCAUUAUAUCCAGUGCCUUGCAAAAGUAUUCAUCCCCCUUGGCGUUUUUCCUAUUUUGUUGCAUUACAACCUGUAAUUUAAAUAGAUUUUUAUUUGGAUUUUAUAUAAUGGAUAUACCCAAAAUAGUCCAAAAUGUUGAAGUGAAAAAAUUACUUGUUUCAAAAAAUACAAAAUGGAUAAGUGGUAUGUAUUCACCCCCUUUGCUAUGAAGCCCCUAAAUAAGUUCUGGUGCAACCAAUUACCUUCAGAAGUCACAUAAUUUGUGAAAUAAAGUCCACCUGUGUUCUGAAAGGCCCCAGAGUCUGCAACACCACUAAGCAAGGGUCAACACCAAGCAAGCAGCACCAUGAAGACCAAGGAGCUCUCCAAACAGGCCAGGGACAAAGUUGUGGAGAAGUACAGAUCAGGGUUGGGUUAUAAAAAAAUAUCAGAAACUUUGAACAUCCCACGGAGCACCAUUAAAUCCAUUAUAUAAAAAUGUAAAGAAUAUGGCACCACAACAAACCUGCCAAGAGAGGGCUGCCCACCAAAACUCACGGACCAGGCAAGGAGGGCAUUAAUCAGAGAGGCAACAAAGAGACCAAAGAUAACCCUGAAGCCAUUGCUUAAAGAAAAAAACAAGCAAACACGUUUGGUUUUCACCAAAAGGCAUGUGGGAAACUCCCCAAACAUAUGGAGGAAGGUACUCUGGUUAGAUGAGACAAAAAUGUAGCUUUUUGGCCAUCAAGGAAAACAUUAUGUCUGGAGCAAACCCAACACCUCUCAUCAUCCCGAGAGCACCAUCCCCACAGUGAAGCAUGGUGGUGGCAGCAUCAUGCUGUGGGAAUGUUUUUCAUCGGCAAGGACCGGGAAACUGGUCAGAAUUGAAGGAAUGAUGGAUGCCGCUAAAUACAGGGAGUUUCUUGAGGGAAACCUGUUUCAGUCUUCCAGAGAUUUGAGACUGGAACGGAGGUUCACCUUCCAGCAGGACAAUGACCCUAAGCAUACUGCAAAAGCAACACGCAAGUGGUUUAAGGGGAAACAUUUAAAAUGUCUUGGAAUGGCCUAGUCAAAGCCCAGACCUCAAUCCAAUUGAGAAUCAUCUGUGGUAUGACUUAAAGAUUGCUGUACACCAGCGGGACCCAUCCAACUUGAAGGAGCUGGAGCAGUUUUGCCUUGAAGAAUGGGCAAAAAUCCCAGUAGCUAGAUGUGCCAAGCUUAUAGAGACAUACCCCAAGAGACGUGUAGCUGUAAUUGCUGCAAAAUGGGGCUCUACAAAGUAUUGACUUUGAGGGGUGAAUAGUUAUUGAUUGGACAUGAUUUGGAAAGGCACACACCUGUCUAUAUAAGGUCCCACAGUUGACAGUGCAUGUCAGAGCAAAAACCAAGCCAUGAGGUUGAAGGAAUUGUCCGUAGAGCUCCGAGACAGGAUUGUGUCGAGGCACAGAUCUGGGGAAGGGUACCAAAACAUUUCUGAAGCAUUGAAGGUCCCCAAGAACACAGUGGCCUCCAUCAUUCUGAAAUGGAAGAAGUUUGGAAACACCAAGACUCUUCCCAGAGAUGGUCGCCCGGCCAAACUGAGCAAUCGGGGGAGAAGGGCCUUGGUCAGGGAGGUAACCAAGAACCGAUGGUCACUCUGACAGAGCUCCAGAGUUCCCCUCUGGAGAUGGGAGAACCUUCCAGAAGGACAACCAUCUCUGCAGUACUCCACCAAUCAGGCCUUUUAUGGUAGAGUGGCCAGAUGGAAGCCACUUCUCAGUAAAGGGCACAUGACAGCCCACUUGCAGUUUACCAAAAGGCACCUAAUGGACUUUCAGACCUUAGGAUACAAGAUUCUGGAGGCUGUAAUCGCUGCCAAAGGUGCUUCAACAAGUACUGAGUAAAGGGUCUGAAUACUUAUGUAAAUGGGAUAUUUCAGUUUUUGCAAACAUUUAUAAAAACAAUUUUUUUGCUUUGUCAUUAUGGGAUAUUGUGUGUAGAUUGAUGAGGGGAAAAAAAUAUGAAAUUAAUUUUAGCGUAAGACUGUAACGUAACAAAAUGUGGAAAAUGUCAAGUGGUCUGAAUGCCCUGUAUCUGCCUGUAUCUGCUGUUCCAUUAUAUUUGUUGAGGCACUUUUUUUUAAACAAAUAAUCACCUAGUGAAGUCGUUGUGUGACCUGGGAUCAGGUUAAAGGUUAAAGGUUCAAGAGUGGUCUUUAAACAUUAAGAGGAGAAGAAGAAAAUGGAUUGAUCUAACGAUCAGUAAUAACAUGCUUCCCAAAUGGCACCCUAUAUAGUGCCAUAGGGCUCUGGUCUAAAGUAGUGCACUACAUAGGGAAUAGGGUUCUAUAGGGCUCUGGUCUAUAGUAGUGCACUAUAUAGGGAAUAGGGUGCCAUAGGGCUCUGGUCUAAAGUAGUGCACUACAUAGGGAAUAGGGCUCUGGUCUAAAGUAGUGCACUAUAUAGGGAAUAGGGUGCCAUAGGGCUCUGGUCUAAAGUAGUGCACUACAUAGGGAAUAGGGCUCUGGUCUAAAGUAGUGCACUAUAUAGGGAAUAGGGUGCCAUAGGGCUCUGGUCUAAAGUAGUGCACUAUAUAGGGAAUAGGGCUCUGGUCUAAAGUAGUGCACUACAUGGGGAAUAGGGCUCUGGUCUAUAGUAGUGCACUACAUGGGGAAUAGGGCUCCAUAGGGCUCUGGUCUAAAGUAGUGCACUAUAUAGGGAAUAGGGUGCCAUAGGGCUCUGGUCUAAAGUAGUGCACUAUAUAGGGAAUAGGGCUCUGGUCUAAAGUAGUGCACUACAUGGGGAAUAGGGCUCUGGUCUAUAGUAGUGCACUACAUGGGGAAUAGGGCUCCAUAGGGCUCUGGUCUAAAGUAGUGCACUAUAUAGGGAAUAGGGUGCCAUAGGGCUCUGGUCUAAAGUAGUGCACUAUAUAGGGAAUAGGGCUCUGGUCUAAAGUAGUGCACUACAUAGGGAAUAGGGCUCCAUAGGGCUCUGGUCUAAAGUAGUGCACUACAUAGGGAAUAGGGUGCUAUUUGGGAAGCAUAUAUAGACUGCUCCUGUGGACUUCUAUGGAUACUGUCCAUAUAAAACAGCAGAUUGACGCUAGAGUCUUUGAGGGUUGGCUGCACAUUGUUUUUCAAUUCGUUUAUGCUCAGUACAUUCAUAAUGUUUAUGUAUUUGUUUCAACUAAUCUGUAUAUUCUACAUUUUUGUAUCAAAUAAAAACCUGUGCAAUAGGCUUUUAGCUUUUUCAA